GUGACCCUUAGGUACUAAGACAAAGAAGGUCUUCUUAAAACAAACAUAUCAACAGCCUACCUACAGCAAUAACUUCAACAUGCACAGUGACGGCAUUGACGGAUGCUGCGAGUGAGAUCAUAGGGAGCUAGCGCGCUUCAGCCUUACCGGUAUGCCAUGCGGCAACAGGGGUCUCUCGGUCAUUGGGGGCCAUCUGCCGAGCUCGACUUUCUACUCAGGGUCCAACACCCCCCCGUUCGCCUCGCUCUGCACGCUCGAGAGAUGCUCGUUGCGGUUACUGUCCUGGCCAUAUCGCUGUCCAUACUGAUAUAUCACCACCCACCGUCGACAUGGCCUGCCUACUUCGCCCCCGCGCCGGCCUCUGCGGCGCCCCCGAAACAGUCGCAGAGGGAUGAUGGAGAUGGCCCCGCCACACAGCAACGAGCAGAGUCGCAAGGCGCGAGGGACAUAGAACUCGAAGAAACUUCACCUGCAACUACACCGAAGGCUUCCGCCAGCACCGCAAAUGCGCCCGCCAUUCCCUCCUUCACGCUGGAUGAGCACCACAGCUCCAGUGAUAGCGAAGAUGAAGACAAUCUUCCGCCGCCCUCGUUUCCAGCACUGAAUUCAGCACAGCGAGCUUCAAAGUCCGCGCCGCCCACCUUCUCCAUGCAACCUCCUGCGUAUCCCGCCGCGAACGGCAGGAUGGCUCCACCCGCGAAACCCUCGUCGUCGCCUUCGUUCAUGGCACCACCACCACGAGUCUCUGCGUCUAGCCUUCGCCCUUUGCCUACCGCACCUGCGCCUCCAGGUCUCGGCGCGCCCCGUGGACCUGCCGCACCGGGCCUCAUACCACCACGCGGGCCCAUCCCAAACCGCGGCCCUAUCCCGAACAGAGGCCCGCCCACCUCAAACGGCUCCCUCGCCCUGCCGCCAUCAGGCAACCCGAGCAUAAUUAAGACACCCAAUGCGCGCAACAAAGUCCAGCUCACCCCUGGCCACUCGCCGCUCGACUGGGCCAAUCUACAACGCAGUAGUAGCAACCUAUCCGGGGUAUCCUCGCUGGUACGCGUCACGCCAUCCAUGUUGAAGGCCAUGAACGGCCGCAAAGACCGUGCGACGGGCACUGUUAAGGACGCCUGGUCCGCCUACCAAGGUAAAGUCUACAACAUCAGCCCCUACCUACCAUUCCACCCGGGUGGCGAGGGCGAGUUGCGCAGAGCCGCCGGCAAGGACGGCACGAAGCUCUUCAUGGAGGUGCAUCCAUGGGUAAAUUGGGAGAAUAUGCUGGGCGAGUGCAUGGUUGGUGUUUUGGUUUCGGAGGAGCACGCGCCUGAGAAGAGUAGUUUGGAGGAUAUGGAUUAGAGUGGCACCGGUGAGAAGGGGUGUGAGUAGAGAAGUGUAUACCCUAGACUUGCAUUGGGCGGCGUCAAUACAUGAUUGCGGACUUGCAUUUGACCCUGUCUGUUGAUGUUGUGUCACAUGCUUGUCGCGUGCUGGAUAAGAUGCAGACGGAUGUGCUCGGUAGGCCCGCAGUGCGCAGCUCUGCAUGUACGGUGCAUUUCAGGCGGCAAGGCCGUUUAGAUGCUCGCCACCAACUUGACCGUACACGUCUCGACACUCAAAGUGAUAUCGCUGGGCCCAUCUCACAUAUCAGCGGACGCUCACG